AACAGAAGAUACUACUCGAAACCUCGUAAUGUUUAGCGGGUCAAGCAAGGCCGUAAACUACUCGAAUAAAUGUUUCGAGGUGUAAAAAUAUUAUGUUUACCUAAAUUGAUUGAUAGCUUUGGAAGUCGCUUAAGAUUUAGUUUGCUUGUUUGUUGUCAUAGUUGAUGCCACUUAUGUAAAUACAGAGUCGCACCUCUACACAGCCUAAACAAUACACGCAAUUUUACAUCUAUAACCUCUUCAGAAAGCCGGAACAGAUCUAAAAUGGCUGACUACUGGAAGUCGAAUGAUCGCAAGUACUGCGACUUUUGCAAGUGUUGGAUAGCCGACAAUAAAUCCAGUGUUCAGUUCCACGAGAAUGGAAAACGACAUCAGAUGAACGUACAAAAGCGUAUUUCAGAGAUAAGUCGAAAUAGCUACAAAGCUCAGCAGGAGCAGAACAAAAUCGAUGCAGAUUUGAAGAAAAUGAAUGAUGCCGCCAUGAAGGCUUACAUGCAAGAUAUUAGCGCUGGAGCUGAUAUAAGUUCGCGGGAGUUAAACGAAAAGCAGAAACUCGAACAAGUGCAAGAAGCUUGCGGUCAAAUCAGCCCUCGUCCUGGACCGUCUGCAAGCAGCUCUGGAAACGCUGACAGCAGACCUGCGAAAGCGAAAAAAGCACGGGAAGCGGAUCCAUUGUAUCUGCCAGGCGCAGAGAGCGAAGAAGAUACAGAAAAUGGCAAGGGAAAGACAUUGUCUAAGAAACGACACAUCGAAAAUAUUGCACAAGUCGGCAAUGGAUCGAAGUGGGUGGAAGCUGAGACUGAUGAAGGGUUUCCCUACUAUUGGAACGUGAAAACAGGCGAAUCCAUCUGGGAAACUCCUAAAGAGGGUUUUAUGAAGAAGGAGGAGUAUGAAACGCUAUCAAAAAUUGCAUGGCAAAAGCAAAAGGAAAUUGCAGAACAUGAAGCAAAGUACGAGUUGGAAAAUGCUGAUGAAAUCGCAGCAAGGCUUCGACGCGAAAACAUGGCGCAGAUUUUUAAACACAACCGUAAAAUUAAAGAAGAAUUAGAGAAAAAGAUAGAUCACGGCGAAGUUGCAGUUACUGCACAAAUUGAACAAUCGAAAAAUCCUUACGGAAACUGGGAAUCAGUUGAAGUCAAGAAAGAGCGUUCGAUUGACCUGCAAUUACCGGUUACCCCUGCCCCAUUGUAUGUUCCAAGUGCAAUGCCAGAAAAAAUGGAACCAAAAUUCAAAGAAAGAGUUAUCGAUCACAUACCACAAGAAGUCAAAUCAACUGUAAGCGACACGUUUACAAAGAAAAGGAAAGUUCAACGAAAUGCUCGCACACGUUUAGAUGUAGACUAGACAAUGGAUAUAGAACUGAAUAUAAACAAUUGUCUCAUUCGCACACUA